UUCAUUUGUUUAACUACAUUUUUAUUGAGUAUAAUUAAUAAUUUUAAGUCACUACCUCCCUAUAUUUUUUACUUAUAUAAGUAUAAACACUAAUACACUAUGGUUUUAACUCAAUGCAUAAUACAUUUAUAUUUUUCUAAUUAUAUGCGUAAGACCUACCUCAAGACUCACAGUCUAUAACAUAAUUAAUAUUGUGUAAUAAUUGUUCGAAAUAUAAAAGAAAAAUAUUUAAAAAUGGCUCCACUAACAAUUGAUUUUGAAAAAGUCUGUCGAUUAUGUCUUCGCGACGAUGAUGGACUUAGUAAAAUGAUAUCAAUAUUUGAAAAACCAAUUCUUGAGGAGACUAUAAAAAAUUGUGUGCAAAUUGAGGUGUUAUUAAAUACUGAUGAACCAACUAAUAUAUGUACUAGUUGCAUAUUAAGUUUGGAUUCUUGGGUCAAAUUCAAAUCACUGUGUGAUAAUACCAAUGCAUUCUUACAGCAAUACAGACAGGAUAAGAACGAGUCUGACUUAGUGUUCAAUUAUGACAUAACAAACUUAGGACCAAUGGGAUUCACACCAUCUCAAAUGUCAGACUUGAGCAUCAGUUUUUUUGAAAGUGAUUCGUUAUGGAAUGGUUUAUCACAACCAUGGAAUGAAAGUGAUCCUAUAUGUACGGAUUCACCUAUUCCAAAAUAUAUGAAAAAAGUACAACCACCUGAAGAUUUAACUAAUGAGAGCAUAUCUGGUAAGGAAUGUUUGGAUAUAGCCUUAAGUGUAUUAAGCAAAAAAGACACUAAUUUUACAUACACCAAAGCCAAUUGGUGGAAUCCCAAAGCUAUUUCUAUGAAAAAAAUACAAAAAGAAAAUGAAAAACCGAUUUUAAAGAAAGGAAUUUCAAAAUCAAUGACUAAAUAUAAUCGAUAUCAGCGUAAAACAUAUUCCUGUAAUGUAUGUUCGGAAACAUUUUCAAAAUUCAAUGAUCUCAUUGUACAUGAUUCAAGUGUGCACUCUGAAAUGACUAAGAACUAUAAUUGCAAAAAGUGUGGAAAGCUGUUUUUGUCUGAAGAACGUCUAGAGAUACAUGAGAAGGUUCAUAGAGAAAAAUCCUUUGUGUGUCAAAUAUGCCAAAAGAAGUUUACUCAACAAAAGACUCUUGAUAUACAUUUGAAUGUUCAUAUUGGUUUAUACCCUUGUCAGAAAUGUGAUUUUAAAGCUCAGACAAUGUACAAUUUGAAAAUUCACGAAAGUACUCAUUCAAACGUCAAAGAUCAUUGUUGUCAGGAGUGUAAAAAGAAGUUUUCAACUGUAUCAUCAUUGCGUAGACACAAUCGCCUUGUUCAUCAAAAGUUAGUUUGGUUCCGUUGUGAUAAAUGUGAUUAUUCUACAAGCCAGCCAUCAAAUAUAAAGUAUCACAAAUCUAUUCACGAACCACAAAAUUGUAUUUGUGAUCAUUGUGGUGCAAGUUUCAAAAACCAAGAUUUGUUCAUGGUACAUAUAAAAACACACGAAGAAGCAAAGUUAAGCUGUGCUCACUGCACGAAACUAUUUAAAAAAAAAUCACACCUCAAAGAACAUUUAAGUAGUUGUUAUGUACUAGAGCCUAGCAUAACGAAAUUUAAAUGUGAUGUUUGUGAAAAAUACUUCAAGAGAAUCAAGAAGUUGCAUAUUCAUAAAAAUAAAUAUCAUCCAAUUAUUAAUGAAAUGAUGACACUUAACUAAAAGAAAAAAAUGUUUCUUCUUUAAAUUUUCUACUAGAAUUUCAAGCGCUAUAAGUUAUUGUUUUAAAUACCUACAUAUUCAUUUACUUAAAUAAAAAUUAAUUUAUAAUCAUUCCACUCAAACUACUCAAUGUCAAAUAAUUUUUAAUUGUUUUACAAUAACAUUUAAUACUAUAUCGUAAAGUAGUAAAAGCAAUUUUAAUCAUUUUAUUAUGUAUCCUGUAAUGAAGUUUAUACAUUUUAAGAGUUUGAAAUUGUGUAUGUAUACAGUUAGUGACAAAAAAUGGUUAAUACUUAAUUAAAAAUAUGAUCAUUAUUUUAUAAUAUAUACAAUUAUAUUAUAUUUCUGUGUACUGU